CACUCCCUCCCUCUUCCCCACUCUUCACUCACUCUCCCUUUCUCACUCCCUCCCUCUUCCCCUCUCUUCACUCACUCUCCCUUUCUCACUCCCUCUCCCUCCCUCACUCACUCCCUCUCCCUUUCUCACUCCCUCCCUCUCUCCAUCACGCUGACCUGGCGACGUUGUCACCGCUCUCUCUCUCAUCAUUCAGCAGCAGCGACGCAAAGACGAAGGAGACGCAGGUUUUCUGGCUCGAUGCUGCGGGUCGGAGGCAGUCCCUCCGCCCGGACUCUCCCAAAGCUGGAGCCGUGGAGCCGGGGCACAGGGAGCGGCAGGUUCCUCCGGGAGCCCUGAGCAACUCGUUUUAAUCAGGAAGCCUAACCUGGAGCAAAAACGGAACUUACUGGAGAAACUCAGCAGAUGUUCUGAAGAAGGCUCACUUGACUCGAAAGUUUGGUUCUGUUUUUCUCUCCAUAGAUGCUGCCAGACCUCUGAGAAGGAUGUCCAUUUUAGCUGCUGACAUGCCUGCUGGUUCAUCAACAUGACAGAAUUACUGAAGCCUCAGACUGUUCACUACACUCAGGGUUUUGCGGAGUGAAGAAAAAAAUCCACUGCAUUCUGUAGGGAUCGCAGUUGGUUUAUUGCAGCAGCCGUCAUGUCUGGAUCAGGAAGCAGACGAUUCCCAGGACCACGAAGUCGUGGUGUCCACGGGAGAAGUGGCUUCUCCUCCCUCUUUAAAUCAACAUUGACCCCAUCCUCGGCCUCAGCACAGCAGGAGACGCAGCCCCUCCUCCAGCCGUCCAGACGCACCUCUCCGCCGGUCAGAUUACGGGACAGCUGCGCGACAUCCUCCCUCAGCAGCAGCAGCAACUCGGGAUCCUACAAAGGCAGUGACAGCAGCCCCACUCCCAGGCGUUCGAGUAAAUAUUCGUCCUGCAGUGAAAACCAUGGGAUCAAGCCACCAACUCCAGAGCAAUAUCUGACCCCUCUGCAGCAAAAGGAAGUCUGCAUCAGACACCUGAGGGCAAGGCUAAAGGAGACUGAGGAGAAGCUGGAUGAAAGGGUUGGGGAAGUGGAGGAUUUGAAAUUGCAGCUGUCAAGGAUGCAGGAAGAUUGGAUCGAGGAGGAGUGUCACCGUGUGGAAGCCCAGCUGUCCCUGAAGGAGGCCAGGAAGGAGAUCAAGCAGCUAAAACAGGUGAUUGACACAGUGAAGAAUAACCUGGUGGAGAAGGAUAAAGGCAUCCAGAAGUAUUUCAUUGACAUCAACAUUCAAAACAAGAAGUUGGAAGCUCUGUUAAACAGCAUGGAGUUGGUGCAGGAUGGUGCAUCUCUUUCUGCUGCUGGCUCUCCAGCCCGGUCUCUGACCCGCAGCUCCACCUACACCAAGCUGAGUGAGCAGGGGCCUGAGCUCCUGCUCCUUGAUGGCACUGAUCUUCCUCACCGUGGCUCCCUCGCUUCUGGGAUCGACCGCGCUGCAGAGGCUGCUGCCCUCACAGCACGGUCCUUGCUGCGGGAGGGAUAUGUGCCGUCAGCCAGGAUCCAACUGGGCACUGUCCGCGAGCAGGGCAUCCAGACUGACUUCUCCCCCUCUCAUCCUGACCUGGAAGUGAUAGCGGAGAAGGUCCUGAGGUCAAGCACCUUUGACCCUGGCGGCCUCACCGCGGGGGCAGAGGAUUUGAGACCGCUCCCUGACCCACAGACACGACAGACCUUCGGUGGGAGUACCGAUCUGCGGCUAGUUCCUGUGGAGGCAGUGCCCGAGACCCCUGGAGCAGGAGUGCCACAGGUGCCCAUCCAGCCGGCUCUGGAUGAAGCUCCCGGUCAAGUGGCACACUGGAGCCGGUAUUAUAUUGUGGAUCUGCUGGCAGUGACAGUACCUGUAGUACCUACUGUUGUUUGGAUUGUCAGCACCCAGCGAGGCAGCUCACAGCCUCUCUACAACAUCGGGGUGUUGCUGCGCAGCUGCUGUGUUCUGGCUCUGCAGUCCCUACGACGAUUCAGCACCAAUCCAGCUUCCCCGAACCACCCUCCAUCCUAGCCCCAGAUCACCGACCCCGGCUGUCCCUACAUAUACCCGCCCCCUCACCCACACUGUCCCCACAUGUACCCACCCCCUCACCCACACUGUCCCCACAUGUACCCACCCCCUCACCCACA